UAAAACUAUUGGAAAACAUCAGUGAAAAUUUAAAACUCUGGAAUAUAAAAGCGAAGCGGAUUUUUCUUUAGAUACGAAAUAGCUAAUACAAAUUAUGACUAAGCACUCGGAAAAGAAAAGAAGCAUGAUUCAAAACGAAAUUUCUGACAUAAAUGUUGCCGAGUACAUAAAGCCAAAAUUUACUUUGUAUCCGGAACUUUUAAUCCCGGAUGGAAGUGAGUCUCGCUCGGAGCCAAGUUCUAGAACAUGUUCCUUUAAAGACAGGACGAGACACAAAAGUUUAAUAGAAUCAGAGGAUUUGCGGCGUAGAAACAGUUUACCUAUUUCAACAGAAAAUUUACUCUCAGUAUCUUAUAAUGACUUAAGAGAUGCCUACAAACGGCCUGUCAAACGGGUAAGGUCAUUCAAAAUGACCUCUAAAGGACAUAUAAAUGGACAUGAUCUGAAUAAAAACUCUAGAAGAUCAUCUGUAAAUCCUUCUUUCAUAGAAAAAGACUUAAAACGACAAAGAUUUCCUAGUGACAAUUCAGACGAUAGUGCUAUCACAUGUAGUUGUUCAUCUUCUUGUUCCAGUGGAUAUUACAGAGUACUAAUAAUAGGAGCUAACGGUGUCGGGAAAACAACCCUAGCUAAACGAUUUAUGACCUCUGAAUUCAUGUCGUCAUUUGAAAUUGGAAAUGAUGAUGACGAUGAUAAAAUGUUAUCAGUAUUAGUAGAUGAUGAAGAAUCAACCAUGGAAUUUAUUGACCACUCCGAACACGAGGAAGACCUGGACAGAUUUCCUGUAGAUGCCUAUAUAGUUGCAUUCUCCGUCCACGACAGUGAUUCCUUUGAAGUUGCCAAACAGUACUUACAAAACAUACGAUAUGAACUGUUCAGUGACAGAGCUAUCAUACUAGUGGCCAAUAAAGUAGAUCUGGUACGAAAACGACAGAUAUCAACUGAAGAAGCCAGACAAAUCGCCAAAGACUACGAUUGCAAAUAUAUAGAAACGUCAGCAGCUCUUAAUCAUAAAGUCGAUGAACUGUUAGUGGGAUUAUUGAAACAAAUAAAGCUCAAACUGAACCCAGAGGCAAUAGAAAAGGCUACUGCUAAUAUGAUUGCUCAAGAUCAAUUGGAAAAACCUUCUUCGGGAAAAGGUCCGAAAAAGUUAUUGAAUAAAUUGUUUAGAAAAGGCUCAAAGACAAGAUCAACUUGUGACAAUUUGUUCGAGCUGUGACGAAACAAUUGUACUUAAUUAACAUUAACUGAUAAUGUUCUUUAACACAUCAGGCAACCAAAGCAGUGACCCGAAAUCAUAGCAUUAUUUGCUUUCUAAAAUGUCUUUUCUUAUCCUAACAACUACAGACAUAUAGAAACAAAAAAGCAGACGUAUAAUAUCUAACAACACCAAGCUAAACUGCUAUAAAACAAUUGAAAUGAAAUUUGAAAUAGAACAACACAAUCAAGAUGCUUUGGUUUACGUGUCCAUUCAACUUGAUUUGGUGAAAAAAUACUCGAUCUCGUGCAGCGGAUCUCGUAAAUGAUAUACUGUUGCCGUUGUCUGAAAACUAUAUUUGAUAAACAAUUCUCUUAAAUAUUUCUUGAUUUAAAAAUGUAAGAAUGACGCAAGUCAAGAGAUUGUUGAUUUUUUAACAAUCAAAGUAAUAGUUAAUAAUACGUUGUUUUUUGCUAUUUGCUGCAAUAUAAGUGCCAAAGUAUGCAUUCCACAAGUAAUAUUGCCAAUAUUUCAAUCCAUAAAAAUGAAGUGCCUAAAAGUUUUUGCAAUAUUGUAUUAUAUUUCUUUCGUGUCAUGCAACCCAAUGUUUAAUGUUUACUUUUCUCCUAAAGAAAUAAUCAAAAAGAAGUAAGUUUGAAUACAUAUAAUGAUAAGCUUAAAAUCUUAAUUUGCUUGCACAAGACUCUUAAUGCAUUAUAGAGAAAUAAUUUUCAUUAUGUAUACAGUGAUAUUAUAAUCAAAAGAAGAAAAAAUGUAUUCGAUUUUUUAAACAGUACAAUAUGAUCAUAUCAGGUAUUACAUUUGAACACCAUUCUUUUGACGGAAUAAACAUAGAGAAACCAAGAAAGUGGAAAAAAGGGGGUUAAAAGAAAAUCUUGCUCAUAUAAUUGGUUCAAAUGACACAAUUAGAAUGUGACGCUAAUCUGAAGAGCAAAGAGUGACAGUGAUAUUGUCACUUAGUACAAUCUUGAGCAAUACUAGUAUUUUGUGCGCAAUUUUAUAAAAUAUAUUAUAUGAAUUUUAAUGGUUUAGAAUUCUCGUUAUUUAGAUGUUGGUAAUAUAGAUACCAUUAGUACAGAUUAAGAGUUCAUUAAUAUUGAUUGCUUGACGUUUACCACAGUUGGCAUAUAUUGAUUGAUGGUUGUUUAUUUGUUGAAUAUAAUGUGAUACCAUUCCGUUGAAGAUAUAAUAACUUUUGUAUAUGUUUUGUAUAUAAAUAAAUGUAUAUAUAUAUAUAUUUGCAUUGUUACAGUGUUGAAUAUACUUUUGUAGAAAAGUAAAUAAAUAUAAUAAUAGUAUAA